AUGAAAUCCAUACUGAUAUUCUUCCUGUUUAUAAAACUUUCAACACAGUUUCUAUUUCCCGUGCAGAAUCACAGAACUAAUGUAUUCAAAAUCACUAAUGAAUUCCUGCCACAUCAACCGAAUAUCGAUAUUGACCCGUUAAAUAGAUAUCCAUCAAUGACACCUGACCCUUCGUUGUUGAAAAAGGGCAGGCAAAAUGCAAUCUCUUCCGAUUUAGAACUUUGCAAUAACCUUGUAAUUAAUGAUGUCUUUAGCAAAUAUCCAACUGCUAAUGCUGCUGAUGCCGCUGUAACUUUGUCCCUAUGUAUUGGUAUGGUUAAUUUCUUCAAUUCUGGAAUAGGCGGAGGUGGUUACGUGACGUUCGCUUCAAAUAAUACCGAUAACCAUCUAACAAUAGAUUUCAGAGAAAUGGCGCCUAUGGAUGCCCACUCUGAUAUGUUUACAGGCCUCGACGACUUGGCUUCCAAGAUUGGCGGUUUGGCGGUGGCUGUACCAGGUGAACUUAUGGGUCUUUGGGAGCUCUACAAUAAAAGUGGUAGUGGUACCGUCACAUGGUCCCAGUUGCUGGACCCCAUAAUAGAUUUAGGUUACAAUGGUUGGCAAAUCGACGAAGCAUUAGGAGCAACUCUGAAAAUUUAUAAAGAUAUAUUUGUGGCUUGGAAGGACGAUUGGUCCUUUGUCUUAAAUGAUAAUAAAAAUGACGUUUUGCAGGAAGGUGACUGUAUUACAAGGCCAAAACUUUCUAACGUUUUAAAAGAAUUGAGUAUAAAUGGAUCUGUAGCUCCUUUCUAUGACCCAAAUCAUUGGAUAGUGAAAUCUAUGGUUCAAGCAAUUAAUAAGUACAAUGGUAUCGUGAAAGAACAAGAUUUUGCCAAUUAUGAAGUACAUACAUCCAAACCUUUACAAUCAAGAAUUAGACGUGGGUGGCCAUAUGCCCCCAACAAUGAUCUUACCGUUUUAACAAGUUCUGGUUCAAGUUCUGGAGCCGCUUUACUUUCAGCUUUAACAAUUAUGGAUAACUUUCCAUCGACAGAAGGUGCUGAUUAUAUGGAUGAAUCGACUUUUCAAUUAGUUGAAACGAUGAAGUGGAUGGCUAGCGCUAGAAGUAGACUUGGUGAUUAUACUUAUUAUCAAACUCAUCUCCCUGAAAAUAUACUGGAGAUUUUAUCUUCAAAUUGGACUAAACAUGCAGUUUGUAAGAUAAAAGAUAAUAUUCGAGUGGAAGGUAAUGGACACAAAUCUUUUAAAACUCUAGAAAAUUGGACAAUGUAUGAACCUUUGUAUGAAAUAAAUGAUCCUCAUGGGACUGCACAUUUAAGUGUCGUUGAUAAGUUUGGUAAUGCGGUUUCUUUAACUACGACAGUUAAUUUAUUAUUCGGAUCACUGAUUCAUGAUCCAAACACCGGAAUUAUAUUAAACAAUGAGAUGGAUGAUUUUGCGCAAAUCAAUAAAUCAAAUAGUUUCGAUUUAUCACCAUCAAUUUAUAAUUUGAUAGAACCUAAAAAGAGACCACUGUCUUCAACAGCUCCCACGAUAAUCUUAAAUGAAUUAGAUAAGCCAGAUUUCAUUCUUGGUGCGUCUGGUGGAUCAAGAAUUACACCAAGCAUUCUUCAGGCGAUCAUAAGAACUUACUGGUAUAACAUGCCGUUACUGGAAACAAUAGCAUAUCCUAGGAUACAUCAUCAAUUACUGCCUGAUCAAUUAGAGAUUGAAAGUAUAAAUAUGAUUGGCAAGGAGACGGUGAAAAACUUGAGAGGUAUGGGUUACAAGGUUGUUGAACAAAUUCCCAAGAGUGUUAUCAAUGCGAUUAAGUGGCAUAAUGUGGAAUGGUGGGCUGUCAGUGACUUUUGGAGGAAAAGAGGUGUUUCUGCAACGAAUUAG